AUGACAUCUCAGCAGAGUAUCCCCACCAGCGACGGCAUGCUGCUGCUGCUGCAGCAGCAGCAGCAGCAGCAACAGCAGCAGCAGCAGCAGCAGCAGCAGCUACAGCAGGAGCAGCAGGAGGAAGAAGAUCAAGAGAUAAGAGAUCGUCGCUACACUAUUAGGCAGCUAUUAGCUGUUCGCGCUGCUGUUGCUGCUGCAGCACCUGUUGCUGCACCUGCGUGCGAAUAUAGCAGCAGCAACAACAGCGCCACAGCAGCACCAGCAACAACGGAAACAGCAACAGCAGCAGCAGCAGCAGCAGCAGCAACAGCUGCAGCAGCAGCAACAGCUGCAGCAGCAGCAACAGCUGCAGCAGCAAACCACCUGGCGAACGAUACCUUCAAUGCUGCCGCCCCUGCUGCUUCCUCUGACUUCAUUAAAUCUGCAAAAGGACUUGCAAGUUUGAGAGUUACAUCGCGUCCUUUGCUGCCAAAGGCCCUCUCUCCUCCCCUCACUUCACCUGCUUCUGCUGCUGCUGCUGCUGCUGCUGCUGCAGAAGACGGCGCGGAGCCCUCUGCAGUUCGCAGCCCCUCAGCAGCAAGAAGCGAGAGCUCUUCUGCUGCUGCUACACAGCCGAGCUCAACUCCCUUUCAUCGUCCUCGCGUUAAUCCGUGCCCUGAUUUGCAAGCCCUUCACGGGGCUCGGCAGCGAAUUGUGUCUCUUGCUGCUGCUGCUGGGCCGGAGGGUUUGCCUUUGUCUUUGCUGCUGCAGCGCCACCUGUGCUGCUUCAACUCGCUGCUGCACCCAAACGCCCUUGGCUUUGAUGAUCUUGCUGCUCUCGUCCGCAGCAGCUGGCCUGCAGUAGAGCUGCGCAACAGCAGCAGCAGCAGCAGCAUCAGCAGCAGCAGCAGUGGCAGCAGCAGCAGGAGCGACAGCAGCACUCAGCAGCAGGGAGAGGUGCAGGGGGAUGAAAAGGAAGAGCAGCAGCAGCAGCAGCAGCAGCAGGAAGAGGGUGCGAAGAGAGAAGAUAUGAACAAUAGCAAGCAGGAGCAGCAAGAAGAGCAGCAGCAGCAACAGCAAGGAGAUCAAGAGCAGUUGCAAGAACAGCAGAAACAGCAGCAAGAACAGCAGCAAGAGGCGAACCACUUCCCACAGGAGCAGCAGCAACAGCAACAACAGCAAACACCAGAAGAACAGCAGACCAGCGGCGACAGCAGCAGCAGCAGCACAGCCUCCGCUACAAAGCAGCAGGAGGAGCAGCAGGCGCAAGAGCAGCAGGAGCAGCAGGAGGAGCAGCAGGAGGAGCAGCAGGAGGAGCAGCAGCAGCAGCAGAAGCAGCAGCAGGCCUCUGGACCUGUCAUAUAUUAUAUGCGUCCUUUGCUUUCUCUUGAAGCGCAUCUUUUUAGCAAUCUUCUCUUCGCUCUCAUUGCCGACGCAGCAGCGCAGCAGCAGCAGCAGCAGCAGCAGCAGCAGCACAAUGAGCAGCAGCAAGACGGUGCAGCAGACGCCUCAAAGCCAGGCGCAUUUGAAGGCGUUCCCUUUGCUGCUUUGCCCAAACUAUGGCAGGAGAAGUACGGAGCUCUCGCAGAUCUUCGACGAUUUCAAAAUGCUGCGGGUGUCUGCGACCUGUUCGGCUUUUUAGACGCCCUGCCCCAAGUUGUGCUGCAGCGAAAGAACGGCGCCCUUCUACUGAACCUUGCUGAGGGCGUAUCAGUGCCAGAGGGACCGCAGUAUAUCCCCAACUCCCUCAGACGCCAAGCAGCACCAGCAGCAGCUGCUGCGCAUGCAAGUAGCAGCACAGCUUUGAUUACUGCGCCGCUCUAUGCAGCAGCAGCACCAGCAGCAGCAGCACCAGCAGCAGCAGCAGCAGCAACUACCCCGCUGUUGCCCGGCCCGAAUGCCCUCGAAAUGCAUCCCCUCGUCGGCCCUCCUGCUGCUGUUUCUGCUUCUCUGAUUGAAGCUGCCGUCGGUACGCAGCAGCAGCAGCAGCAGCUGCAGCAGCAGCAGCAGCAGCAAGGGCCGUGGCCGGGCGGUGUAUGGACCUGCACCCGCAGGUCUGCUGGAGAUGCGUUUGCUACCAGCAGCACUCAACUCCCUACAGCCUCAGCUGAGGCGCUGCUGCGCCUCCUAGAGCAGCAGCAGCAGCAGCAGGCAGCAGCAGCAGCAGCAGCAGCAGCGGCAGCAGCAGAGCGGCAGGAGGUGCCCUGCGCUGCAGCGCCACAGAAGAUCUCCAACACCCUCAGCAGCAGACAACCCUCUCAGCUUAACUCACAGCAGCAGCAGCAACAGCAGCAACAGGCUGUGCUGCAACUGCUGCAGCGGCUGCCUCCGCAGGUUCUGCAGCGGCUGCUGCGGGAUGCAGCAAAUAAUAUGGCGGGUGGUCAACGGCUGCAGCAGCUGCUGCAGCUCCUAAGCUCCGGCGACAGGCAGCAGCAGCAGCAGCAGCAGCAGCAACAGCAACAGCAGCAGCGCCAGCGGCACCAAACGAUUGAAGCUCUGGGGGCGGAAGUCUCAACAGACAACGCACGCAUCAGCACCGGAAGAGGAGAAUUGGCGGCGGUGCAGCAGCAGCAGCAGCAGCAGCAGCAGCAGCGAACGAUUGCUGCUGGAUUGCUGGCCGAGCUGCUAGCAAGUCAGAGGUCUUCAUACCACAGCGCUGGAGUUGAUAUGCAGCAGCAGCAGCAGCGAAUGAUGGCUUCCCAGCAGCAGCAGCAGCAGCAGCAGGAGGCGGUUGUGCUGCAGCUGGGGAAGCGGCUCUUGAAUAUUGUUAGGAGUGCAUGCAAACAGCAGCGGCUUCAGUGGAUGAGGAAUGAAGACCUUAGCGAGAUGCUCUGCAAUAGGCAGCAGCAGCAGCAACAGCAGCAGCAGCAGCAGCAAGGGGAUGCCCUAGAGGGGGACGCCUCUCAGUUGAGGCAGCAGCUGCUCCUUUUGCUUCAGCUCGAUAGCCAGCUGCAGCUACUACUACAGCAGCAACAGCUGCAGCAACAGCAGCAGCAGCGACAGCAGCAGAGUCAGCAUCCUGAGAUGAGCAGCGGAAGCCACACUAUGCCCAACUCGAGUUGUUCUCCUGGCCUGAAUUCUGCUGCUCCUGUUCCUGCUGCUGCUGCUGCUGCUGCUGCUGCUGCAGUGCGGCGGUACCUGCAGCAGCUGCUGCGGUCCCCUGCUGUUGCUGCAGCACGAAAGCGCCACCGCCUUCUAACAGCAGGAAUUUCUAUCUCUGGAAUGAAGAGAGAAUGGAGACAGCAGUAUGGUGACUCUCUCUCGCAGCGCCUAGAGGAGGUUUGUCUGUCUAUAGAAGAAUUGGUGAAGACAGAGCAGCAGCUUAUGCUCUAUAAUAGCGGCAGGGAGAUGCGAAUUGUAACGAAGCAGCAUUUAGAGAGCUUCAACCUGCUGCCUGCUGCUGCUGCUGCUGGGCCUGGCCCUGCUGCUGCAGUGGUGGCGCCCGCUGCUGCUGCUGCUGCUGCUGCUGCGGCUGCGGCUGCAAACGAAACGGUCAGCCGCCACUGGCAGGAGAAAAGAACGGCAGCAGCAGCUGCUGCUGCCCUGCUGCUUCUUCUGCUGCUCGUUCUGCUGCACCUUUUGCUGUUCGCCCUGUGCCACAGCAGCAGCAGCAGCACAAGUGCAGCAUCACAGCCAAUAGCAACAGCAGCAGCAACAGCAGCAGAAGUUGUUGUUGUGCUUUUGCAGGUUUCUUCUGUCCUUACAAGCCUAAGUGGAAGCGAACGCCAAAUGCCCGCUGAUCAGCAGAGCCAGAGGCAUUUGCUGCUGCUGCUGCUGCAGCAGUUGCAGCAAAUGCAGCAGCGGCAGCAGCAACGGCAGCAACAGCAGCAAAUUAGCGCCCCGCGGAACCCUACGCAACCGCUAGAGGUGCCGCACCAGCAGCACCAGCAGCAGCCGCAGCAACAGCAGCAGCAGCAACAACAGCAGCAGCAGCAAGCCCAGGGGCAGCAGUUGCUGCAGCUGCUGCAGCGCCUGCUAUUAACGCUAAACAGACAGGCCCAGGGCAACGGCAGCACAAGAGAUACUUCAGGUGCUGCAGCCUUGCAAGCACCAAUACCUGCUGCAGCACCCCAGCCAGCAGCAGCUGCAGCAACAAGAGCAGCAGCAGACGUAGCAGCAACCACUGCUGCCCUGAGAUCAAAUGUGCAUAGGCUGGUGUACGUCUUGGUAGCCAAACUCUGUCAGCAGCAGCACGCGAAGCAUUUGCUGCAGCGAAUGAACAGCGAUCCCUCGCAGCAGCUGCAGCAGCAGCAGCAUCAUCAGCAGCAGCACGACGACCUGCAGCAGCUGCAGCAGCAGGGGCGGUGGAAAGCAAUCCAGGAUGCCCAGAUGCUUUCUGAGAACGUAAGCAGCAGCAUCAGCAACAGCAAUAGCAACAGCAUCAGCAGCAACAGCAGCAACAGCAGCAGCAACUGCCUCAGCAGCAGCAACUGCCUCAGCAGCAGCAACAGCAUGAGCAGCAGCACCAGCAGCAAAUAA